UUUCGCAUACCACGCUACAACUACUUUACAACGGCACCUCGUUAUAUCAGACGUACCAUACACCAUGGAAAGAAUCAAGCAAUUAUCUAAGGCUAACGAAACGGUUCAAAACUUAGGACCUGGCAACAAUAUUGUUCAUCAACCGGGCAACGUCGAACUUCCCACAUUGAGGGGAUCCCUGAAACUUUAUGUAGAAGAACGUGCAGAUAACAGUUUAAAGCGUAGUUCUGGUUCAGCUUACAUCAUUCACUGGAACGAACAAAAAAUACCCGUUUUCCGAGCCAACGUCGAAUGCGUUAAUGGGAUCAUACACGUCAUCGACGCUCCAUUCUUGAAAAAAGACGACAUCAGAGUUAGCCUUGGAAGUUCUUUGAAACCAACUGCAGUCUUUGUGCUGAUAGCUGCCGUAGUCUCUUCGAAAUACAUAUUACAUUAAUUAUAUUUAUUUUAUUAUUAAGGUAUAAAUUGAUUUUGUAUUUGGAAUUUUCAAAUUAUGUUUUUAUAAAAACAUUGUGCACUUGACUUGGUAACGUCACUAUUUGCUUUAAUAAGUUUUUGUUUAUGGUUUUUAUAUUUUAUAUUUACACUUAAAUAAUUAGCUAUUUCAGUGUAAAUAUAAACGAUAGUUUGAGAGAAAUUAUAUGUUUUAAGAAAAUAAAUUUAAACGUUUUACACUUUUUCGUCUUUUUAAAUUUUUUAAAUAUAAACCAAUACAUAGACACCUCCAGCUUGAAGCUAAAUUUAUAGAAAAAAAUCGUAAUUAUUUAUCUACAAUUUGAAUAAAAAUACAUUUAUUUUUAAUAAAUUAGCUAAAUUAUUAUUAAAAAUUAAAAAAUAUAUAUAUAAUUGAAGAGAAAGUUUUAUUUAAAGAUCUCAUACCAUUAAAUACCAAAUCGUCAUCAUAAGUAUAUAAAGUAAAAUAAGUAUGGUAAUCGCAGAACAAUUUCCGAUGCACGUGAUCAACUUUGAGUGACAAGCGAUGGCGACAGCGCUGCCAAAUUGUGAUGGAUUUAUGAGAUGA